AUGCAGAACCUGAAGACUGACCCUGUAUUUGAAGCAUUGGAUAAGAUAUUCCGCCGCUACAAUAACGCAGGCUUUUAUGUCAAGACGAUCAAGUGUGAUCGGGCAUUCAUUCCUCUUACGGAUGAUAUGCUAGACGAUAUGGGUGUUACUAUUGAUCCGACUGCAUCUGGAGACCACGAGCCUACAGCUGAGCAAAACAAUCGGACGCUGAAAGAGAGAGUCAGAGUAGCUCUUGCACGAUUACCCUACAAAGUGGUACCAAAGGUGAUCACUGAAUGCCUUGGACGUCGAGCCGCCGAGCUAUUGAGUGUCUUUCUCCAGAAAGACAGUAUUUCCUCACAUUUCAGCCCACAGCAACUCAUUGAUAAUGUCAAUAUCAACUACAAGAGUGACAUGGUUGCUGAGCUUGGACAGUAUGUGGUUGUACUACCUGUUACCGACCAAGUAAUCCAGCGUAUUGAAGCUUGGGCUGCUGCCGAAGGUGUUACCUCCAUGAAGUUCUUCGAUAAGAAGAGAGAUUUGGAGACAUUUCAAAAUGGCGAUCAAAUCGCAGGAGUGGAUGACACGGAACAAGGUUACUUAGAGGAAGCCUUUGAUCAGGACUAUGAACCUGAAGAUGAAGAUGAACGUGAUUUCAACCUACGUGGACAAUUUGAUGAUAUCGAUGACUCCAAAAGAAAUGAGCUCUUGGCAGAUGCAGACAAUGAUGUUGAUAAUAUACCGGAACUCACUGUCAGAUUCCAAGGGGAUGAUGACUAUGAAUCAGAUGACAACGAUUUGGGUGAUGAAGGCGAUGAAGAGGAAGAACCUAUUGUGGCCGAUUUGGAUCACCAUCCAGAAAAUGUCGAUAGAGGAGCCAAUGAUAUUGGGAGCCUCGUUACCGAUCUGGAGGAUCUACAAGAAGCGCCAUAA